UCGCGCGCAGUUGUCGCUGGUGGUCGGCUCGGCGGUCGCGCGACCGCGUACAUCACUGCACGUAUACAUAACACCUGAGCCGGCGCUGUCUUGUUUAUAUUCGUUCGCGUUUUUCAUUUUCGUCUCAUGUAUAACCGUCGCAGUGAUAUAUUUCCUUCUGUGUGAAAGUCGAUCGCUGCAAUAUUAUAUUACCAUAUAAAUACAGAGGUGUAAAAAUGCGACACUGCAGUAUGCACAAUAGACACAGGUCGCAGAGACUCUGCAGUGUACAGCACGUGCUCGACGACGCGGCUUCGGUAGAACACUCGAGUAUCAAUUCACAAUGCGUCUAUUGUUGAUGUUCGACGUCUCUUGCAUCGUGGCAGCUGAUGCGUAGUCCGCUUUGUUGUCGACAAGUGCAAGGACUCGACGAGAGAUUUCGAUGAUCUAGAUAGGAGAUGCCGACGCGUCACGGGAUAGCGGACAAAGCGGGUGAAGAUGCGAGAGACUUGGCCAUCGUCGAAUUUCAAACUCCAUUAUGCACCAGCGAGGGUAAGCAUCAUCGCGAACGCAUAACAUCGGUUCGAUCUAGACAAAUUCGUCAUCUCGUUUCUUAAUCUUCUCCACCCGUUCAGCUUCAAUUACGCCGCAGCCUCUUCAAAAUCAAAACUCAUAAUGAAGUCGAAAAACGAUCAACUGGGGAUGCUGGCCGCAACGACCGACGCCGACGAUAGUGACCCGAGCGCUGAGGCUCAGGAACAGUAUGACGAGUUCAACGCGAAAGUCGUUGCGAGCACGACACUGAUCAUGCCGAGCGUUGUGACUAGGUCGACUGGCAACAAGAGCCCGCUGAGCGACGAAGGCAUCGAACCCGACGCCGAGGGUAGGAAGAGAGGUUCCGUGUCCAGGUGCUGGAGCAUCGACUCUGCAGUUACCAGCGAGGAGGAUUUCGGACAGAGCAUCAGGAGGCAGAAGCUCAGGGUCACCAGAUGCUGCAGUUCGGAUAGCGCGGUUCUAAGCGACGAUGAUCAGAAUAAGGGUGACAGUGUAGAAAGCGAGCCGAGCGAGGGCGGUCGACCCCGCUACUGGCGAACCCCCAGCGUCGUGGUGAGCGACUACUCCGACUAUUCGUAUUUCGACGAACGUUUUGAGCGUAGCGACUCUGAGCUUGAGAAACUCGAAGGCAACAGCGCCAGCGCCAGCCAGGCAAGCAGUUGCUCUUGUCUAGACUGUGAUGAGAUCCGGGAGUUCCGCGACAUUUCUUCUGACCAUCAACAUGAAUUAAUGCAGGUCUGCCGACAUCGCAGACAUUCCGACUCUUGCUGUCUCUGCCUUGCGCCAAACAAAUUAAACUUAUCGAGCAAGAACAUAAACGACGGCGGCAACAGGAGAAACUCGUGCCUGGCCUCCCCUAACCCAUAUUACACCAAGCUAUCAGCGGCAGCCGGCUGUGAGGAGCCAACGACAACUACUACGACUGCUACGUCAGAGGAGAAAGAGAAGACGACGAUAUGCGAGCUCCUUGACAUUCCCCCGACACGCAAGAUCUCAGACUGCUCGACGAUCUCCAGCCUAAGCGGUGACGAAUUCGAGGUCACCGAACUACAGCCAGUUAGACGCAUUCAGAUCGUUUUGCCAUCUGGUGGAGAGAAUAGAAAUUACUUGGUGUGACAGUCGUCGGUACAAUAGGCUGCUUUUUACGACAGCUGAUUCGGAAGAUAUUCCUGCUGGUUAAGUCGACUCCGAAUUUUGCUAUAACAACUAUAUAUAUUUAUAUAUAUAUUGUAAUAUCUUUUAAAUAUCUAAAAGCGCUGAAUUUUCAUCUCGUUUCUUUACAAGUUAAAUUGUCAAUUGACGCCUAGCAUGUAUCUACAAUUUCGAAUAGUCGAACACUGGAUACAAAUACAAAUAUUUAAAAUACCACUAUUUUAUAUAGCUGUCACAUCAUUUAAAACGCUGGUUUACCUAGCCAAACCUUGCAAAUAAGAGUUACUUUGAUACAUGAUCGCAGAAAUGUGAUUUAUGUAUAUUCUCUUAAAAGCAGGUCAUCCAUGCAUAUACAGAACCUUAAAUUAAAAUACCGCUUCGGAACUCUGGAGGAAAAUCAAACCGAAGAACGUCAAGAAACAAGUUUUUCAGCGUAGCAUCGGUGACUAAUGUUCCAAUCGGCAAUAAGAAGAUAGGCGGGAAAAAUCGGCGAGAGCCGGCGCCGUUAAUAAUCAGCGAAUGAACGUAAGCGUCGAUUGAAUUAAUGCGCGCAUCAAGAGCUCAGCUAUUUGCGUGCGUAAGAGCGAGCACAUGGUCGCGUGUUAUCGUAUGAGCAAAAGCCUCUUCUUGUUUGUUUAUUUAUUUUUCAAAGAUAUACACCAGCUUUAUAACUAGAACUCGAUUAUAAGUAAUUCCGAGAUGCACUUUUCUGGGAGAUAUUUUUCUACGCUAUUUAUAGCUCCGAAUGUUAAUAAGUACAUGUGUGCCUAAAAGAAAGAGGGUCUAUAUGCAGCUAUAUUUAUUUGAUCGUAUUGGUUCUAUUACUCAUCGUGAUAAGUGGCGUGGAGAAGGUUCGUGGGUAUUGCUUUAAUGAGAAAUUCGAUGCUCUUUGUCUAUUGACUCACAAAGAUUAUAGAACUGUCAAGUUUUAUUGUUAAUUUAACCCACAUCGGCGGAACAGCGGACAAUCGGAAAUAGAUUUUUGUUUACUUUAUAGACAUUUUCCUACAGUAAAAAAGAAAAAUUAGGAUUAAAGUGAAAAUAAUAACGAGGUGAUGCUAUUUUGAUAAGUUAUUCCAAAAAUUAUUAAGUAUCCUACCGAACGAAAGUAAAAUUGAAGAAAGAACAAUGAUCGUAACAUCUCCACGAAAGUCCUCCUAGUGCUGAUCAUACAAAUGGGCCAAUUUAAUCGUUCGCCCGUUGCAAAGAAAUCAUAACAACUUUUGCUCGAUUUGGAUGGCAUAUAAUGAGGCAUUUAAUUGAUUAAUAGUAUCGUACCUCUGCACGCUUCUAUUCUAGUCCGACAACUAACUGUAUUUUUAGUUAUUGUUUGUGUCUCAGAAUUUUCUGUGAGAUCAACGCAAAUUGAACUUUAACAAAAUGCAUGAUUAGUUUCUAAAAUCUCCACUUGGUUUCCUGACAAUAUCAUCGAGAGUCGAAACAUCGCUAUAAAAUAAUUCAAAAUCACGCAACACAUUCAAGCGCUCCAAAAAACCAAAAGAGACGGACCAAAACUCCAGCGGUUCAAUGCCAACACACCAGUCGGCUCGUAUCCUGCGUCAUAGUCGUGCUCUGCCUUCCCUUUUUUCUCUUCUCUGCUCAUCUAUCUAUACUGUACACUAUACACGCGGCGAGUUGGUAUACAUAUUGCGCGUCAGAGAGGAGCAUUUAUACGCAUCUAACAUCACGCUGUAGAGAACCGCUCUUUUCGACUUAAUGAACGAAUGGCUUUGGCUUAUUAUCAUUCCGAUCACGAACUGUCGCUGCUACUGCUGUUCUUGUCUGUUGCUUUGUAUUUAUUUUGUCUGUUUUACUGGGAUCUAGCUUUUGCUGGGUUGAUUGCUCGAUUAAUGCGAGCCUUAUUUUUUUCAUUCAUAAAUGGCGUGUAAGUUAAGCAUAGACCUGGAUAAAAGAACGGCGAAUAUACACGUUUCUCAUAAUAAUAAUAUCAUCAAAUACAUUGAAUCAUAUUUCUAAUCAUUACUUAUUAUUAGUCAUUAGCACGAAUACGAAAACAAUAUAAAGUUUUGUUCAUAAGUCAUCGUCGUACUCCAAACUCAAUUGAGCAAGAAAAAAGAGACAGUAGCACGCCUCAUCCGCACGUGCGAGUCCCACAUGCUUAUCGGUACACGGAUUUGUAGUCCAUAUGCAGAUCACUGACUCUCAAAGUCGAACAAAAAAAAAGACGCAGAAUGAUGAAGUCAUUUUUAUCGUGAGAGCGAGCGCACCGUUGAUAUGGGCAUGUAAUCGUAAUUGCGAAGGGAAAAAAACAAUAAACUGCAGAGAUAAG